AUGCCUACUUUGAAGCCCGGCGACACGUUCCCCAGUGACGUGACCUUCCAGGAAGUCCCAACGAGCAGGUACAUUCCAUGGUCGGAAGAAAGCGGUGACAUCACCUCCUGCGGGAUUCCGAUCAACUACAAUGCCUCAAAGGAGUGGGCCGACAAGAAGGUCGUGCUCUUUUCGGUGCCAGGUGCUUUCACCCCGACCUGCUCCGUGAACCACGUCCCUGGCUACAUCCAGAAGCUGCCCCAACUCCGCGAGAAGGGUGUGGAUAUCGUGGCCGUCAUUGCCUUCAAUGACCCCUUCGUGAUGAGUGCGUGGGGCAAGGCCAACAAUGUCCGGGGUGAUGAUAUCCUUUUCCUCACCGACCCCGAUGCCAAAUUCUCGAAGAGCAUUGGCUGGGCAGACGAGGCAUCUGGCCGUACCGGCCGAUAUGCUAUCACCAUCGACCACGGCAAGAUCGGCUAUGCUGGAAUCGAGACUGAUCGUGCCGUUGUAAAGCAUUCCGGUGUUGAUGCCGUGCUUGCAUCGCUGUAG